CUCCCUUUCUAAUUUGGUUUUAUUACCGUUUCCUUUCAAGUCAGAGUUCUCCUUUUUUCCCCCCAGACUCUUUGGCUAAAGCAUAACUUAGACUGUUUUCACUUCAGCACAAGGCAAAGACUGCAGCUCCUGAGGACUUUUGGACGUUAACUGUAGCCUUGAAAUGACAUCACUCCAGCUGUGGCCCCUCCUCCUCCUCCUCCUCCCUGUUCUACUGGUCAACUUCUCCAGCCAACUAGACAACAACAAGAUCCCGCCCAGUCUGUGUACGGGACAACCAGGUAUCCCAGGUACUCCUGGGGUGCACGGUAGUGCUGGCCAACCAGGAAGAGAUGGGAGGGAUGGGCGUGAUUCUGUCCCUGGGGAGAAGGGAGAGAAGGGAGGCAGGGGAGAGACAGGCGAGUCAGGCUUUAGAGGCCUCACUGGAGAUCAGGGGAACCCUGGAGAUAAAGGAGACAGGGGGCAGUCGGGGGAGUGCGCCGUUGCUCCCAAAUCAGCCUUCAGCGCCAAGUUGUCCGAGGGCCGCACCAUGCCCGUGGCGGCGGAAGACGCUGUGCGCUUUGACAAGGUAACGCUAAACGAGCAGGGCGACUUCAACGCGGAAACAGGACGCUUCACCUGCAAAGUGCCCGGCGUCUACUACUUUGCGGUCCACGCCACCGUCUACCGGGCCAGCCUGCAGUUUGACCUGAUGAAGAACGGUCUCACAAUGGCGUCCUACUUCCAGUUCUAUGGGAACUGGCCCAAGCCAGCAUCUUUGUCCGGAGGCUCGCUGCUGCACCUCAUCCCUGGCGACCAGGUGUGGGUGCAGAUGGCAUUGGGAGAGUACAGUGGUUUCUACUCCAGCUCCAAGACUGACAGCACUUUCACUGGCUUCCUGGUGUACUCGGACUGGAAAAACUCUGCUGUCUUCGCCAAGGGCGAAGUGGUAUAGACAUUGCGGGGACCAAGUCUGGUGUUGUGGCUGGAGGGAUCCUCCCCCAGAAAAUAUUUGAAAACGUUAAACUAAUUUACUGUCCUUCUACAUGAUUCAUGGCCUCUCUAGAAGGUUAUUAGAAAACUCUGGUUAUUGCAUAAACACAUAAAGCAAGGUUACAGAAAUAGCAGUAGGCUAUGGCACAUACCAUGCUGAUGAGUUGUGACGAUGAAUCAGGUGAACUGUAGUGCUUUCAGUUGUGCUUCAGGUUAGCCAUUUGACUGCUGCUGUGCAAUGGUGAAUCGUUUUUACAGACCUUCUGACGGUGGCCCUACAUGUAAUCAUUGUUUUUUUGCCUUUACAAACAAGGAUGGCCUAUGGGGUUUAAAUGAGACACGUUGGCUCCUGCAGUCGGCAGGAAGUGUGAAAAUAAGAAGGUUGUUGUGGUGGAGGUGUAACGAGGAUUCAAUAAGGCAUCGAACAUGUUUGUGAGCUAUUUAGGGCUUCCAACCGUGUGACAUCACUGACUUGAUGUCAUGAAACUUAGCCAAGUACUUUGUGCAAAAAAAAUGAAUUGAAAAUAAUUCAAAUCUGAAGCCCUAAAAUACUUUCCAUCUCAAUCUUUUAAUUUACGUCUGUGCAACAUUCACUUAUGUCACAAA